ACAAUUAAAAUGUUUCAUUAAUUUGAUUGAACUAAAAUGAUUUUGAUUGACUGAUUAACUAUUGUUAAUUGUAGUUAAAUGGAUUGUGUUGCAGUCGAAGUUCAUCUAAUGAGAAUCUUAAUGUUUCUUUCUGAUUGAAUUUUGUGUCUUUAAUAUGGUUAAUAGUUAAAUGACUUUUCGGAUCAUCAUUUUCAUCGGUUAAUUUGAUUAUCGUUAUGAUUGGACUCAUCUUCUUAAUCAACUGAUUAGUUAACCUUUUGAUGUGAUUUAUGGAUUAAAUGGUUAACAUGCCAGGUAACUAUUAGAAUAGAAUUAAUAUGUUUGGGUGGAGACUUGAGACCGGCUCAAUGGACAUGAAAACGAAUAGAGAAUAGAAGCAGAAAUAUUCAUUGUCCACCCAAGGAAAACACUCUCAACUCUUCUUACCUCCUUUGGUCAAUGUUAAUCAAAUCAAUUCUUCUCAUGGUUUUCCAUUAAUUCUAAUUAGUAACUUCAAUAUCUCACCAUCAAUUUAACUAUUUACCUUUUAAUCAACAGCCCAAAUACUCACAACAAUUGAUUGGCCUCUUUUUGGAAGCUUUGUUUUUUUUUCUGUUUAUCUGGAUUACACUUUCAACAUCAACAACAAUGAUUGUUUAUCAACCUUCUUGAUUGUCCUUUCCAGCAAUCAACAAAAAAAAACUCCGACAAUUGUGCUAAUUGUGAUCAUCUAUAAAAAAAUUUACCUUCCAAUGAUUUAGUUUCUCUCUAUUGUCCAAAUCGUUAUAAAUGAACGUGUAUCAGCCAAACAAUUGAAUAACUGGAUUAAUAAAACCCAAUUACAAUUAGAAUAUGCAUCUUAAUGAUGAAUCGACAACAACUUGUUUAGAUAAUAAUAAAAAAAGUACCGAUAGUCAAACAACAAUUAAUAGUAACAAUAACAAUAGUGGACACUCAGGUGAUAAUGAUUCAUUAAUUAUCCAACCAUCAUCUGAUUAUAACAAUAAUAACAACACUAAUCCAGAUACUAAUCAAUCUAACCAAGAUGAUCUAUUAUUAACACCAGGAUCAUCUUCAGAUUAUCCUUGUAAUGAUAAUCUCAAAUUGACCAAUCCAAUUAAUUUAAACUCAUCAAAUUUAGAUGAUCAGCUAAUUGUUAAUAAAUCAUUAACUGUAUCAAUUGAUGAUGGAUCUCAACAAAAUCCCACUAAUUUACCAAUCAACCCCAAUGAUAUUUCAAUUAUGCAAGAUAGUACUGACCUUCAUUGGUUUAAUGAGGAAACCUAUCAAAGUGAAAAAACUCAUCUUAUUGAAAACAUGCCAAUAAUUAGUGAAUCGUCAACAAAUACUGAAUCAAUCAAUCGUACCACCGGUGGGAAUCAUUAUCAUCAGAAUCGUUACCAUGUCUUAUCACGUAACAUUGAUGCUACUUUAGCUGAGAUUGACAUGGAAACUUUUACAAGUGAAGAUAUAAAUCACAUCUAUUCAACGUUACCUGAACUUGAUUCCUCAUGUAGUGCCGAUGAUGGUGGUGGCGGUGAUGGUACAGUCACCGAAGAUGGUGGAGAGGAAUUUGCAUCAGUCACCGGCUCUCUAUUGGAUGAAAUUCACUCCGACAGUCAUUACCUAAGUUCUAAAAGGUUUAACAGUCGUGGAAUUGAUCUAAAUGGUUCAAGUUCUAUUUUUGAUUCUUCGUUGAUUGUUGAUGAAUCUUCAGUUAAAACUUUAUCUUCAGGCGGGUGUGGUGGAGGUGAUGGUACACUUACAAUGAGAAGUGAACGAUUUCCUGGUCUUUAUGAACGAUCUCAUUUAGAUGUGUCCGGUGUAUCAGCUGAUUCGCUUGAUUUUUCAUCAUCAGAAAAUGAUAAUAAUACUAAUGAAAUGAUUCUUCGAUGCCGAGAACAAGAUAAAACGAAAUAUACUAUCGCCUUUGAGGAAAGUGUUUCCUCUGUGACAACUUUCUCAGAUUCUGCUGAUGAUAUAAAGAAUAACUCAGAAGAAAGUGACACAGUGACUCAUUUUAAUCAUCAUCAUCAUCAUCAUAAUCGUCAUCAUCAUUAUAAUAAUUCAAAUACAAAUAAGUGUAAUCAUCAACAAAGACGUCGGCGGAUGAAUGGUGUUAAUUUUAUUAGUGUCAAUAACAACACCGAUGAUGGAGAUGAUGAUGAUUAUGACCUUGAAGAUGAUUAUCAUCGUCAUGAUAAUGAUGAUAAUGAUCUAGUUAAAUCGGAAUAUACAACUUGGAAUAUGGUCAAAAGGCGUGGCCCUAUCAGUCGACGGGAGUUAAUUAGAUUGAGACGUUAUCCUUUUAGGACAAUUGCCAAGCAAAGUCAAAGUUUACCCAAUAUUGUUCAGGUCACUUCGAUUCUUACUGGUGACCAUGGUGAACCUUUAUUCCCACCAUUGGGAAGUUAUGUUCCUCUUUAUGAUCUCAAUAAAUCAAAUACAACAACAAACUCGUCAAAUAGUGAGGUCAGUCCACCACGAUCAUUGAUAAGACUUUUUAUCAAAAAUCGCACUUCACCAACCUCAUCUAGCCCGGGGUCAUCUUCAACCUCUUUUGAAGGACAUCUAAUUGAAUCAAGUGAGCUUAAUCAUGGUAACCAUCACCACCACCACCAUCAUCAUCAAGGACAACAAUCAACACUUUCUGGUGGUGGCAGCGGUGGGCUAGGUAAAGGUUUUACCAGGAGCGGGGGUGGACCUAAUGGUCAAUAUUAUUUUGGUGAUAAAGAGGGUAACCUUAAGGUGGCCUUUAAUGAUAAAAGGAAUGUGGGUCAACAGUGUGUAAAUGAAGAUUGGAAUAAUUUUGAAGAUAGUUUAAUGGGAGAAGGUGUAACCGGAAACGGAACUGAUGCAGUGGGAGGACAUGUAACUCUUUUACCACCUAAGAAUGGUUUUAAUAGGUUAAAACAAGCAAGUCCAAUAAGAGAGGAGGACAUUACCUCGGACACUUCUCGAGGAGAUGAAGCAGUUAACAGUGGAACCGAUGAAUCGUAUCAUGGUAAAGAUGGUAAAUUAACUGAUCGACAUUGGCCUAUUUAUCAUUUCGAUAAAUUUAAAAGUAACACAAAUAACGGUAAUAAUAAUAACGAUCGAGUGAAUGUAAUUGGUGCUCGUAGGAGUAUAUCAGUUGAUCGUUUCAUGUCCACUCAAUGUACCGGUGGAUCAGGUUGUGGUGGCGGUGGUGGUGAUACAGAUGGAAUUGGUAUUAGAGGUGGUGGUCCUUCAUCCACCGGUGGUGGAACAUCAAACAAUCCUAAUAGUAAUAUAAGGCGAAGCUCAGAUUAUGGGUCAACUAAUAUGAAUAAGAUUCGAUUCUCAUCAGGUCGUGAAUUUGGUUCCGUUUCAAGUGGUUAUCUUAGCAGUCGACAAGGUUCAAGUGAGUGGCAUCGGAAAACCGCUUUCACUCAUCAUCCACCAUCAUUUCAACAUCAACAACAACCUAAACCCUCAUCAUCUUCUUCAUCAUUGCCUCAUCAAUAUCCUCUUAAUCCAUCAUCAUCUUCGAGUUCAAUUCCUUCAAAAAGAUAUUCAAUUUCUGUAACCACCAUGAGAACCGCUUCAACUCAAGUUCCAGUUCACAUUCAAGAUAAACAAGUUCAAACAGGAAUUAACUGUCAACUUGGUGGUGGAAAUGGAGGUGAUAAUGAACAUGAACAAUCCACUGAUCCUUCAAUGGGAUUCAUUGUACGAGAAUAUCCAACAAGUACAGUUCGAGAAAAAUCAAUACCAUUAUCAUCUUGUUAUGCCAAAGAAACAUUCUCACCUUCAUCAGAUUAUCAUAAUUAUCGUCAGAAUCACGAACCACAAGAUGAAUCUCAACGGGCUAAACCUUUGUACGUUUGUUUUCCCAACUAUUCACUUCCAGAUUUAAGUUUCCUACGAACCUUAUCAUGUCCAUGUACACCCAAAGAGGAGGGACCAUCAGCUGUUUAUCUAUCACCAACCAAACUUAAAUUACCACUUCGAGAAUUUAAAUCUAAUGGUGGUAACGUCGGUGGGAUUAGGAGGCCUUUUGGUCGAGGUAAAGGAGUUCGACCUAAAUCAUGUACCGAUUAUGAAAAUUUGAUUGCCAAUCGUAGUUUUAAUCAUAUUAAAGAUUGGGAUUCAUUGAAAGUUUUACUUCCCAAUGAGUUUAAAUCGUUAAUUGCUCGGCUUGAAGGUGGUAAUGGUGAUUCUAAUCAACCAGAAGAGUCAAAAAUCAAUCAAGAUGGAGGAUCAAGAAAAUCAAAAGAAUCAGAUGUAAACUUUGAUAAGCGAACAAGUGAAAAAUCAACAACAAUUAACAAUACUAAUCCAUUUAGUAGUAAUUAUAAAGAGCCUAAAACAAUGACUAGUCCAUCGAGUGAGGUUAAAUUGCGACCAAGGAAAAGGUCAGUACGGACUUUGGAUGGUUAUCAAGGUCCAUCGGAGGUUAAUGAAGGAGCUUGUGGUUGUCACCAAGAGCGAAAGAGACACUCACUGCAAGAACCACCCUCUGAUUAUGGUCAUCAUCACAAUCAUCAUCCUCCUCAUUAUCAUCAUCCAAGCAAUUUUCAUCAUCACGAAACAAAUGAACCAAUUAAUUGUACCUAUCGUAAUACAAUUUCAAGAAGUGUGACCAUGCCUUCCUGUGUAUGCAAUAGUCAACAACCAGUUUGUCAUUUAAAUUGUUGUCAACCUCCUAAUUAUUAUCAACAGAAUCAUUUUCAUCCUCAUGAUCAUCACUUAUACUCACAGCAGCAGCAACAACAACAACAACAUAAUCCUCAUCAUGUUCAUCAUGUAACUCAAAAUUCACCGGUAACAGGGAUAAAUUCAUGCUGUCAAGGUGUCACAGGAAUCGGAGGUGGUGCAGGUAAAUCAUCAAUGUCAUCAAAUGUCAAGCCAAAUGAAAUUAACAGUAGUCUUGUUAAUGGUUUAUUUGAUGAUCCAUCAGUUGAUAGACUUUGUCAUCUUCUAUCAAAAGGAAUAUCAGUAAAAGAUUUUACCAAUAUAAUUGGAGGAGUAGGAACACCAGGAAACACCAUGAAUUCAGGUGGAAAUGGAAUUGGAAUCAAUCAUAAAAAUCGUUUACCUUCACCAUCUAAACCAUAUGAACCAAUUAAAGAGCAAGUAAUUGAAGAAACCGAUUCAAUGUGUAUCUCAUCAAAAGGAGGAGGUGAUACUAAUCAUCUUGCAGGGUUAAACAAUCAACACCAACAAUUAAAUAUCAAUAAUGAUAACAAUAGGAUAACAAAAGGAGAAGAUGAAUCAAAGAUAAACUCAAAUUUCAAUGUGAUCAAAAAACGCUGGGAAUCAUUAGCAUCUCCAGUGUCAUCAACAAUUAACUCACCUGAACCCAAUUUACCAAUAAUAACAAACACAGGUAAAGGUAAAUCAUCACCAACACCUCCACGAUCAACAACACCACCAACACCCUCCUCUAAUUACUCAUCACCAGCACCCUCAUCAUCUUCAACAACAACCUCAUCUUCAGCCUUACUUGUUAAACCCAAAGUCCCGAUCAAACCACCGCUCUCAUCGCUGCGACCCACCUCGGUUCCGAUUGCUAAAAGACCCACAACCUUAGGUGCCAAUAACAGUGGUAAUGUUUUCAAAUCGAUGAUUCCAAUAGCCAAAGGGAGUAAAUCACCACCAAAUGUCAAACAAUUAACUUCACCAAUUAGUAAAACAUUACCAAGAACUAAUUGUAAAAAAUCAUCAGCCACCAACAAAACCACAUGAUGAUUAGGAAACAAUUUAGAUUUGAAUUAUUCAAAUGAUAUAAAUUGCAAUAUAUAAUUAACACGCUCGCAAAUUAAUCAAAAAGUAAAUUAUAUUUAAGAUAUAAUUUAUAUAAAUAUUAUAACAAUUAACUUGAUUUAGAAAAUGUUUCUUGAUUAAUAUACAUUAUCUUUGUCAUUAUUGUGAUUAGGUUUUUAUUUUAAUUUCUGUCUAACAAUUAACUAAUCAUCCAAAAGUUUACUCUCAUCUUCAUCAGUCUUCAUUUAAAUUGCCAAUCCCAAAGAUAAACAAAUUAACUUGAUUUUUUGAUUUCUUUUCUGUUCCUCAAACAAUUAAUUUCAAUUCUGUUGUAAUUUGAUUUAAUUUUUUUUUCCUCUCUUGAUUUGAUUAUUUUCAAAAUCUAUUGUAUUUUUUAAUUUAUUAUCAUGAAACAAUUAAUGGCGAUUAAUGGUAAUGUUAAACAAUUAACUUUGGAGAAAAUGAUUAUAAUUAUUAACCAUAAUCAUAAUUAACUCUCUCUCUCUCUCUCUCUCUCUCUCUCUCUCUCUCUCAAUUUACUGUGUUUUCUAAUUGUGUAUAUCAUUUUUCCCUCUCAUUUAAUCAACAAUUAACUAAUUUGAUUGCAGUCUCUAGAUUAUCCUCAUUUAUAAUCAUCGACAUCACCCAACAAUUAAUUAUCCAGUGCAAUUUAAAUGAUAUUAUAAGUUAAUUGACCAUAAUUACAAUUGAUCAAAACACUAAAUCCUUUUCAAUUUGCAAUCGAUACAAUUAAAUUAAUUUAUCACUCA